AAAAGCCAUAAACCCUAACAAUUAUAUCAAUUAGAAGCUGGUCAGUUUCAGUUCUCUUUUAAGUCUUAACGUUAUUAUUUCCGAAAGAACUGUCGUCCCCGCCCCGGACCUUCCUCUUCCCCGACGAGCCGCGACCGGUCGACCAAGGAACCGACGACCGUUAUCUGUCCCUGACGCUCCCAACCCCUUCCUUUUCCUUCCCCCAACGACGCAGCCGGCAGCCCCCAACCAGUUGCAGCAGCACCCAGCGCCGACGGUUCCUGCUCCUAGCAACAACGACGCUGCUUUGGUUCGCAGCUCCUCACCGCGCCUCAGCCCAACGACGACAGCCAUGUGUUAAUAUGGAAUACCUACAUUACUCUAUGGCAAUGGAUGGAAGUUACAGUCUCGAAUCUGCAGUCAAGAGGUUCCUUUCACGGUGCCCAGAGCUUGCUAGAAUUCAAAAGCUCAAUGAUCUUGUAAAGAAGGGGCACAUGGUGACAGAAGAAGAAGUUAUAAAUUCAGUAGCAGAACUAUUUGUCAAUCCAAAUUAUACAAUCCCUUUGAUUGGGUGUCUCAGACCAAUAGCUCGAAAGAUCAUAGAUGCAGCUGUGUCGUUGUUAGGUCAAUGCAAUCUGAGCUCCAACCUGGAUAACACUCUGGUGGAUUCAAGAGAGCUUGUUAAGGGAGAAGUUGCUUAUUUUAUCGACCAUUUCAAUAACAGUGGGAGGGGUUUGACUCUUCACGAGUUUGCUUGUCUAGCUUUAUGCCGUGCCAUUGAUUUGGAUCACUCGUUAUUGGGGUCUGCAUCUGCCUACUUCAAAUUUGCAUCACCUCCUUUUGAACGCAUUUGGAGGAAGAAAAUAGUUGCUGAGCAGUUUGAGUCAGUAAGUGAUUGCUUACUUGCCUCACAAGUAUCCUACCGCCUCCUCCUACUGGAAUGCGAGUUUUUCUCUGUAAGAUGGGAUUGGUCCUGUUUUCUUGAGCUCGUGAAGGUAACUCUAAAUCUUGAUGUGGGCCAUGGUUCUCAAAGUGAGGAGAUAUCAGACAUAAGAUGGUGUGGGAUGCAAAUAAUGUCAAUCAUUUUGAAGAUGAGUGACAAAGCAAUUGAAAAUUUUGGUGUUGGAGCUGAAGAAGCAGCAUCAUGUUUAUUGCGGUGGGAAGAGUUCUGUCAAGAUGUAGCUAUGGAGAAGGCUGGCUUUUAUGUUGAAUCAUCUGAAAACACAAUGUUGGAUUCUUCCAUCAUUGGCAGAGUUGCUUUCAGCCAACAAAACUUUCCGAGUUCUUUGGACCACAAUUCACUGGUUUCAUUGCAGUUUCAUAAACUUGAGCCAGUAAUUAAGAGUAGAAGAUUGGUUAACUGGAAUGAUGAAUCUGGAAGCUAUCCAUUUGUAGUGACAUCUACGAUGAAGAGAAGUUUUGACAUGGUACUCUUAGCAGUGAGUCAAAGGUGGCCUGUCCUUCUAUAUGGCCCUGCAGGUGCUGGGAAAACUGCUCUCAUUAGCAAGUUGGCUCAGGAUCAUGGGAACCAAGCAGUUCUCUCUAUUCACAUGGAUGAACAAAUAGAUGGGAAAACAUUGAUUGGCACUUAUAUAUGUGGUGAGCAACCUGGUGAAUUUAGGUGGCAAUCCGGAUCACUUAUCCAGGCUGUUGUAAAUGGAUAUUGGGUUGUAUUUGAAGACAUUGACAAGGCACCAUCAGAUGUUCAAUCAAUCUUAUUACCUUUACUGGAAGGUGCAAGCUUCUUUGUAACAGGUCAUGGGGAGGAAAUAAGAGUAGCAGAAAGCUUUCGGCUGUUCUCCACCAUUUCUACUUCAAGGAUUGAUGUGCAGUGCAAUGCAGAAGGUGGAAAUUUACUUAGCACCCUUUGGAGGAGAGUGAUGAUUGGGCUGCCAAAUUGUGAUGACUUGCAAAGUAUAGUGAAGGCAUGGUAUCCAAAAUUGAAGCCUCUUGCUGGGAAACUUAUAGAAACAUUUGAAAGAGUUAACUAUGUGUCUCUACACCAUAUUAUGGGAUUUCAGUCUGGAGAUUUGACUCUCUUUGGAUCACUGAGCAGGUUCUCAUUAAGGGAUCUCCUUAAAUGGUGCAAGCGGAUAGUAGGCUUGGGCUUUUGCCCCAUGGGGGAUGUGUUGACAGCUUAUCAGUGUCACUGUAUUUAUCAGGAGGCUGUAGACAUAUUUGCAGCAUUUUCUCCAUCAAGUGAGACUCGCACGAAAGUUAUGAGAGACAUUGCAAAGUUGUGGACAGUUCCAUUCCCUGAGGCGGGAAUUCUAUAUCCUCAUAAACCUGAAAUUCAGGGUUCUCUUGCAGAACUAAGGAUUGGACGAGUUGCUCUUCAACAUGCAGAAACUUUGUUGCAUGGCCAAGGGAGGCUUGUUCAGAUGCGUAGUUCUCUGCAUGUGCUUGAGAGAAUUUCUUGCUCUGUUAAGUAUAAUGAGCCUGUUCUCUUGGUUGGUGAAACUGGAACUGGGAAAACUACACUUGUACAGAAUCUGGCGAAAAUGGUUGGUCAGAAGCUUACUGUUCUGAAUUUGAGUCAACAAAGUGAUGUUGCUGAUUUAUUAGGAGGAUUUAAGCCCAUAGAUCCUCAAUCUAUCUGUGUUCUCCUUUAUAGGGAGUUUGAGAGUCUCUUUUCUAAAACUUUCUCUGUGAAGGAAAAUGAUAAACUUUUUGCCUACUUACAAAAGCAGAUAAGAAAGAAGAACUGGGUGAUGCUAUUGAAUGCAUUUAGGAAGUAUGUGGAUAAUUUCCAAAAGAAAGUACGAAUAGAAAGAUCUGGAUCUGGAAAGAAGCGAAAAAAACCUUUGGAUGAUGAAGAAAUGCAGAGAGCUUGGGAUAAUUUCUCUGUGAAACUUGAAACUGCCCAUGGGCAAAUUGGGGCUUCAUCUGGAAUGGUCUUUUCAUUUGUAGAGGGAGCAUUUGUAACUGCACUUAGAAAUGGCGAUUGGAUUUUGCUGGAUGAGGUGAAUUUAGCUCCUACUGAGACCUUGCAGAGAAUCAAUGGUGUACUUGAAGGAGACUAUGGGUCACUCUGUUUAGCUGAAAGAGGGGAUGUCACUCAUAUACCUAGACAUCCUAGUUUUCGUAUAUUUGCCUGCAUGAAUCCAGCAACUGAUGCUGGAAAAAGAGAUUUACCAUAUUCUUUGCGGGGCCGGUUUACAGAGUACUUUGUUGAUGAUGUGUUGGAUAAAGAAGAUCUGAAAUUAUUUGUUAACAAGUUUAUGGAGGAGACCCGAUCAAAUGCAGAACUAGAACAAAGAGUAAUUGAUUUCUAUGAAAUAGCCAAAGUGAACUCUGAAGAAAAGCUGCAAGAUGGGGCUAAUCAGAAGCCUCAAUACAGUUUAAGAUCUUUAUACCGUGCACUAGAGUAUGCCAGGGAGGCUAAAGGAAAAUUUGGAUUUCAAAAGGCAGUUUAUGAUGGCUUCCAAAUGUUUUUUGUUACCAUGUUGGAUGGACCCAGUGCCAAGAUUAUAAAAAAGAUGAUUGAGGAUAAGUUAUUAGGCGGUAUUAAACCUUCACCAGUAACUUUUGAUGCAUACUUACCAGUUAAAAAAGACUGCAGUUCUGAUGAUUUCUUGGGGAAUUAUGUCUUGACAAAGAGUGUAAAGAAGCAACUUGAGAAUUUAGCUCGUGCUGUUUUUAUUAGGAGAUAUCCUGUUUUGUUACAGGGGCCUACUUCUAGUGGAAAAACUAGCCUUGUUCAUUAUCUUGCUGCAAGAACUGGUCAUGGAUUUGUGCGGAUAAACAACCAUGAACACACUGAUCUGCAGGAAUAUUUAGGUUCUUACAUAUCAGAUGCUCAUGGAAAGCUCAUUUUUCACGAAGGUAUAUUGGUCAAGGCUGUUCGCAAUGGUUAUUGGAUUGUUUUGGAUGAGCUAAAUCUUGCCCCCACUGAUGUGCUGGAAGCAUUGAAUCGUUUGUUAGAUGAUAAUAGAGAACUUUUUGUGCCAGAAUUGCGCGAGACUGUACAUGCACAUCCUAAUUUUAUGCUUUUUGCUACUCAAAAUCCACCUACUUUCUAUGGUGGGCGUAAAAUGCUUUCUCGAGCAUUUCGCAAUCGUUUUGUGGAGGUUCAUGUAGAUGAAAUUCCAGAUUAUGAGUUGAACACGAUAAUAGAAAAAAGGUGUAAAAUCCCUGGAAGCCGUGCAAAGAUUAUGGUUGAAGUCAUGAAGGAGUUGCAGUUGCACAGGCAGAGGAGCAAAGUAUUUGCUGGGAAGCAUGGAUUCAUAACUCCUAGAGAUUUGUUUCGUUGGGCUAAUCGUUUGAGAACAUUUGGAGAUUCUAAGGAAGUAAUGGCAGAAUAUGGAUACUAUCUUCUGGCGGAUAGGCUCCGAGAUGAGGGAGAGAAACUUGUGGUUCAAGAAGUUUUGGAAAAGCAUCUCCGAGUGAAAAUUAUAAAAGAUAACUUAUAUAAGGAUUUGGUUGGCGUGGACUCUAAGAGUCUUGGGAACAUCAUCUUGACCAAAAGUAUGAGGAGAUUGUCCUUUCUUCUCAAGCGUUGCUAUGAGUUACGUGAGCCUGUAUUACUUGUUGGUGAAACUGGUGGUGGGAAGACCACUGUCUGUCAGUUAUUGAGUACUAUGUUGGGUUCAAAAUUGCACAUUUUGAAUUGUCACCAAUACUCAGAAACAUCUGAUUUCCUUGGGGGAUUUUUUCCUAUCCGGGAAAGAUCAAGACUGACAUCAGAAUUCAAAUAUAUAAUAGAAAGACUGAUGCAGUCAAAGGCUUAUGUCCACUUCCCGGAGCUCUUGGAAAUUUCUCUAGAUAUUGGUCAGGCCGCUUCCACUCUGGAUCAUCUUGCUGCAAUAAUAACUAGUUAUAGACAUGGUCAGGUUUCAUGUCCAGAUGUCACUGCAGAAGAUAUCAAUACUCUCGAGGAGAUGAAGUUGAACCUUAGUCAGCUGCAUCAGAAGUGGAAGACAAUAUUUGUGUGGCAAGAUGGGCCUCUUGUGCAAGCCAUGAAAGCUGGUGAUCUAUUUCUUGUUGAUGAAAUUUCCUUGGCUGAUGAUAGUGUGCUAGAAAGAUUGAACAGUGUUCUGGAGCCUGAAAGAAAACUGUCUUUGGCAGAGAAGGGAGGUCCUGUUAUGGAAGAGAUAACAGCCCACCCAAACUUUUUAGUGCUUGCAACUAUGAAUCCUGGAGGUGAUUAUGGUAAGAAGGAAUUGUCUCCAGCUCUUCGUAACCGGUUUACUGAGAUCUGGGUUUCUCCUGUUAGUGAUCUGGAUGAACUUAGAGAUAUUGCUUCUAAGAGGUUUUCCAAUCCGGCAUUCUCAUACAUUGUGGAUGCUAUGAUUAAUUUCUGGCAGUGGUUCAACCAGUUACAAGUAGGGAGAAUGCUUACUGUGAGAGAUCUCCUAUCUUGGGUUGAGUUUAUUAACAUGACUGAAGGAAGUUUAGGACCUGAUUAUGCGUUCUUCCAUGGGCUUUUUCUUUGUUUGCUUGAUGGCUUAAGUCUAGGGACUGGUAUUUCCAGAGAGGAUGCUGCACUAUUAAGGGAGAAAUGCCUGUCUUUUCUUGUAAAGCAACUUGAGGUGGUAGACAAUACUACACUUCAUAAACUUUCAACUAUGGAAAAUUAUGGUUGGGGUGAUCUUGGAACAACCCUUGAUGUUUCUUGCACUGAUGACAUGCUUCAUGACACCGUCUUCGGUAUCAGUCCAUUUUAUAUAGGAAAAGGUUCUGAAAACUGUGAGACUAGUGGUUUUGAAUUUUUGGCACCAACUACACGACGAAAUGCUUUACGUGUUUUGCGCGCUAUGCAAAUCCCAAAGCCAGUACUAUUGGAAGGCAGUCCUGGUGUUGGUAAAACAAGUUUAAUUAUUGCCUUGGGAAAGUAUUCAGGUCAUAAGGUUGUACGAAUAAACUUAUCUGAGCAGUCUGACCUAAUGGAUUUGCUAGGGUCAGAUUUACCUGUUGAGAGUGAUGAGGGAAUGAAAUUUGCAUGGUCUGAUGGAAUCUUGCUGCAGGCUUUGAAGGAGGGUUGUUGGGUUUUGCUGGAUGAACUUAAUCUUGCUCCACAAUCUGUCUUAGAGGGUUUGAAUGCUAUUCUGGAUCACCGUGCGGAGGUCUUCAUUCCAGAGCUUGGCCUUACUUUUAAAUGUCCAUCAUCUUUCAGAGUCUUUGCAUGUCAAAAUCCUUUUUCUCAAGGUGGUGGCAGAAAAGGCCUUCCAAGAUCUUUUUUAAACCGUUUCACUAAGGUGUACAUAGAUGAGCUAGUUGAGGAUGAUUAUUUAUUCAUCUCUAGCUCCCUGUACCCCUCAAUCCCAAAGCCUGUGCUUUCAAAGCUCAUUUUUUUCAAUAAAAGAUUACAUGAGGAUACCAUGAUACAUCACAAGUUUGCACAGGAUGGCUCCCCGUGGGAGUUUAAUUUGCGUGAUGUGAUUCGCUCAUGCGAGAUCAUUCAAGGUGCCCCAGAUAGGUUAAAAUUUGAUUGCUUUGUUGAUAUUGUUUAUGUUCAAAGAAUGCGUACUCCUGCUGAUCGCAAGGAAGUUUUACAGCUGUUUGAAGACAUCUUUGAGUUCAAGCCAUUGAUAAAUCCUUACCCUCGAGUACAGCUUAAUUCUAACUACUUAAUUGUGGGAAAUGCUUCUGUUAAAAGAAACAGUUUCUACCCAUCUAAGCUGAAUAGUAGUCAGUUAACUAUUGUGCCUAGUGUUCGCCAUAGCUUGGAAGCUGCAUUGCAUUGUGUACAGCAUCAGUGGUUGUGCAUCUUGGUUGGUCCACCAUCAUCUGGGAAGACUUCAUUGAUAAGGUUGUUAGCUGAGCUCACCGGAAAUAUACUAAAUGAGCUAAACCUUUCAUCUGCAACUGAUAUAUCUGAUUUACUUGGAUGUUUUGAGCAAUAUGAUGCUUACCGCAACUUUCGUUGCAUUUGUGCUCAAGUUGAGCGCUAUGUUUCUGAGUAUUGCAGCAUAUUGUUGGAAUUUUCAAAGACUACAUUCUGUGAAAGAAAGGAUGUAAUCACCAAAUGGCUUGCUUUCUUAUCUUGCAUGGGUUCUAGUUCCUUGUCAACUUCCAACAUUUUAGAGAACUGGAAGAGUGUUGCCACUUCUCUGAAUUUAUUAGUUGAUAUUAUUGAGCAAUUAAAGUUGGAUGUGGUAAACAAUGGCUUACCUGUUUCUUGGUCGAGCAAUAAACUGAAUAAAACUGUUGAGACAAUUUUGAAGUUGCAAGAAUAUCUGCAAAGAAGGCAGUUUUCGGCAAAGUUUGAAUGGGUUGCCGGAUUACUUGUGAAGGCGAUAGAAAAUGGUGAAUGGGUUCUUCUGGAGAAUGCAAACCUUUGUAAUCCCACGGUUCUUGAUAGAAUCAAUUCUUUGGUGGAGCCGAGUGGAUCAAUUACAGUUAAUGAAUGUGGGAUUGUUGAUGGAAACCCACUGGUUCUUCGUCCACACCCCAAUUUUCGGAUGUUCCUCACAGUUAAUCCAACUUUAGGUGAAGUAUCUCGAGCAAUGCGAAAUAGAGGAGUUGAAAUAUUUAUGAUGCAGCCAUAUUGGCUGCUGAAUGAGGAAAAAAGUGCAGAAUUUGAAUUAAAGGACGUGAAAAGAUUUCUUGUUUUAUCUGGUGUUCCUGUUGGUAAAUUAGUUGAGUCAAUGGCCAAAGCACAUGUCUAUGCUAGGAAUGAAGGGCUACGCCUUAAUAUUCAAAUUACAUAUCUUGAACUUGCACGCUGGAUUAAGUUAUUCCACCAGCUUCUUCUAAAUGGAAGUCAGCCUCUCUGGAGUCUUCAAAUUAGUUGGGAGCAUACUUACCUGCCUUCCUUAGGUGAGGCUGUGGGAUGGGAUAUUAUUAAUCAUGGCAAGUUUGCUUUCUUAUCAAUGGCAAAACUUUCGGAAUCUGAUUUUCCAGUUGAAUUAUCUUUGCAUUUGCCUGGUGGAUGGCCAAUGCCAUUGAAGUUAAGGGAUUAUGUUUUUUACUCAAAGGAAGCUUCUGUCAAACAGAACUGCAUGUAUUUGGGAUACCUUAUGUCUCAAUAUGAAUUGGGCAUAAAACGGGAUAACGUAGGUUUGGACCAAGUUUUUUCUACUAGCCAUGGAGGGGCUUAUUUGAUUGAUUUGAAGAGGAUACAUAAAUUCAUGUUUCCUAUGUCUUUAAGUUGGGUGUUUUCCAGCUCAUAUGGGAAUGUAGAGUUUGACCUAAAGUUGACUAAGAAGAUGCUACUGUUUGCUGCCGAUUGGACCAUUGAACAGGCUACUGCGAUUGAUUAUAAGCUAUAUCGUCUUUGGUUUAACUGGCUUAGCUCUAAACUGGAACAUGGUCAUUUUUUUCAUUGUUAUGAAAAUUUGCUGAAGCAGGAAUUUGAGCAUCCUAUUUGGAAGUGUAUUUUUCACUGCCACCAUGAGCUUGGAUCUCUUCACCAAGUAGAAUUGAACUUGUGGCCAGUACCAUUGCUUUCACUGGACUUUGUUGAUUUAAGACCAUCAAAUGACAUGUCAAAUAGAUUGUGCAAACUUCUAUCUAAUGCCAUUAACUGUGUUAGUCUUCUAAGAAUUUCUUUUCAACAGUGGAAUGCUCAGGAUGUGCAUGGCUAUGGCUAUGAAGCUCAGCAUUUCAAAAUGGUAUUGAAGCCUUUGCAAGAUUUAGAGAAGGAAAUCCUUAAUAUGCUGGUUACAUCUCCUGCAUAUGAUGUGCUCAUUAAAUUAUAUUCAAAGCUUCUUGAUGAUCACAUGGCGUUUUGGCAUGCUUUUAUCUCAUCCCACUUCGAGCAACUGCUGUUGUCUUGGCAUUCUUUAGUGAAGGAUGUUUCAAAAUUUCGUGAUUUCUGUCCAAAAGCUGUGGAAAAUGUCUUAAUGAUGGGAAGUAAGCACCUAGAUAGAGAAUUUCAUCUGGGAUCACGGCAGUCUUUGCUAUGGAUUCAUGGUGGUCACCCAAUAUUACCUUCCUCUGCUAAACUGUAUCAUAAGCAGCAACACCUUUUGGACCUAUGUGAGCUAACCUGGCCGACACAUAGAAAUCCAUAUAAGCAAGUGGAUGAUGAACUCAUUGAGUUAGCUGCAUCUUCUGAUCCUGAACUUCGUUCUCUUGCAGUGCAAGGUAUUUGCAUGUCAUUGUAUAUUACCAGUAAAUCUGAUGAGGAUAAUGUUAAGGUUACUGAGCAGUUGGAGGAGAUGCAUCAGAUGCUAUCGGAAAGAUUUAGAUAUGAGAAGCAGAAAUUGAGAGCAAAACUACAGUUGGAUGAGCAUGCUAUUUUUGAGAGAAAUUCAGCUUCUUGUUGUGUUUUUGUCCCUGAAAUAUUGGGCUUGAAGUGUGGCUUUACCAGUUGGCAAGAGGCUCUUCCUAUAAUUGACAGCACUAGUUUUUUCCUAGACAUGGAGUUGCUUCAAAACCUUUUGACAAUUGUUUUGGUUGAUCCCCAAGGUUUACAGCAGGCGCUUGGUGGUGUGUCUGACUUGCUGGAAUCUGCCUUAAAAUUCUCGUUGACUUUAUCAGGAAGACCUCCGCAAAAUUUUAUACCACAUCAAAAAGUUUUAUGGACACUUGAAGCAUGGGCACCUGAAGAUGCAGUGAAUGCGAAAGUUGCAAGUUAUGUUCUUGAGAUGUGGUUUUGGUGGCAUUUGUCUUUGUGGAACCAUUACCCUGUUUUUCUUGAGGACUCUUCAAAGAUGGGUGGUUGUGAUAUUCCUCUUCCUGCUCUGCUUGCUAAGCCAGUGAAAACAGCAUCUGUGAUCCAUAUUGUGCAAGAUUCAUGUUCUAUUAAGGAUUAUUUUGCACAUUUGUGGAAACUUAAAGUUGCUUCAAAAAAUAUUUGGGAAAGUCCUCCAACAGGCACAAACGUUCUCGGUAUUUUGUUAUCAGUUGCUCGCUCUCUCUUCCAACAGAUUAUAUAUGUGCAUAAAAGAGAAUUUGAUGCUGAUAAAUUUUCUGCAAUCAAUUCCAUCUUCUGCUCCUUCCAAAAGAACAUGAUAACGCAAGAUAAGGUGCAAAAUUUGGGUGUGCUCAUUGCAUCUUCAAGUGAUCAAAGUUUGAAUUCCUUGUUUUAUCUGUUUAUUGAGCCACUGCUUAGAGAUCUUUAUAUUCAUUGCCAUUCCACUGACUUCCAUUUGAACAUUGGUUAUGCCUGGUUACGGGUUGGGGGACUACGCUUUAGUCUCUUGCAUAGUUGUCAGGAUAUGGAUCCUGCCAUGAAAUACUCUUACAAGUACUCACAGCUAGAGGAGAGGAUAUCGUCACUUGAGCUUGAAAUUAAGGUUCGGCAAGAAUGUGAAUAUCUAGCAGGAUGUUUUUCUUCUAGAAAGACUGAUAAAAAGAGAGUUGAAACAUUGCAGAUGCUGGAAGCUGAGCAAAAAAAGCUCCAAAGAAAGAUGGUAUUUCGCAGCAAGCCAUUAAAAUUUAAUGCACUGAGAAAAGAAUGCAAUGAGUUCCUUAAACUUGUUAUAAUGGUGGUCGAUUUGGCGAGUAAAAUUGAAGUCAUGGAGUUGCAACAGGUUCUUGACCAAGUCUGUAAUUGGCAGGAAACAGCCUCUUGUUUUGUUAAACGAUUGUCAACUGAAUAUAAGGAAUACAAUGAUGUAGCCCAACCAAUUCAAGUUGCGGUAUAUGAGAUGAAACUGGGCCUGUCGCUUAUUCUUUCUGGUGCCUUGUGGAAAAAGAAUUUAGAUAGAACUGGGGUGGAUAGUACAGAGCAGGUCAUGGAAUCAGUUUGCUCAUUCAUGAAAUUCCCAAGAGGAUAUAUACUUGAAUCAAUUUCUUUCAAUGAUAUUGACAGUCCUGUAAACUUCUGGGAACGGGAAAUAAAUUUGCUGGAAAAGCUGGUUUCCAUUUCAAGUGAUGUCAAUGUUGAAAGAGGGGUGUCUGUCUUGCAACUCAAAACUGCUCUUCGUUUGAAUAUUCUUGUCCAUGUUGUCCACUUUGUGGCUGAUGCAAAAAAGAUAGAUAAUGCUUCUUUCAAGAUACUAGAUAAGAUGUUCAAUGAAUUUGCAAGCAUGUGGAUGGAAACGAAAGUUCAGGUGAAAAGCAAAGAAGGCCAUGAUAUUCAGCAAUACAAAUUCAGGCCUCGUGCCUUUGAGAUCAGACAUCUUGUUGAUGUUGAUAUGUCAACUUUUGGCAAGUUAGCGAAUGACAAUUUCUCAGAAUGGCUAGAGUUGCUUUCUGAAGAUGAAUGUUUGGAAAAGGUGGAAACUGUUACGCAGUAUGAGAACUUGGAGGAGGAAUGGAACCUCAUGCAGGAAAGUUUACUGAACAACAUGAUCCAGUUGCACAACAAACUAUUUGGCUCCGCUAAUCUUGUCUUAAAUAAAUGUUUCUUUCCUGGAACUUUCUCUAUAUCUGAGGCAGAUAGGUUGCUUUUGUUCGCCAACUCUUAUUCAUUGGGUGCAGGGAUAACUAAAGGUCUGGGAGGCCUAGUUUCUUCUUGUUUAGAUGCAAAACUGAUGCCAGAGCAUUUACUUCGCCUUUGUUUUGAGCAUGAGCGUAUAUUUGUUUCAUCUCAUAAAUCAUCUACCAAUUACAACUUUUACAAGGAUUCAAAUGCUUCUGAGAUGGCUAAGAUGGUAAAAUCACUUGCCACUCUUCAAAAACGAAUUCUGAGCCUUCUGAAUGAGUGGGAAGAUCACCCUGGUCUCCAGAAAAUCAUAGAUACAGUAGAAGCGCUCUUGAAUAUUCCUUCUGGCACUCCUCUGGCGAAGGCUCUUUUAGGAUUGCGCUUCCUACUUAACAGAGCCAAAGUGUUAGAAGAAAAUGGGUCCAAAUUCUCUCUGUCUGAUCAAUUAGCACCUAUUAUUGCUCUAGUUUGCUCAUGGCAAAAGAUGGAAUUUGACACUUGGCCAGCAUUGCUUGAUGAGGUCCAGGAUCAGCAUGAGAUUAAUGCGGCCAAGUUGUGGUUUCCUCUAUUCUCAGUUUUGCACCAUAGUCAUGCAGCUGAUGUUUCUGCACAUGAGCAAUCUACAAUAGAGAGUUUGGAAGAGUUCAUUAACACUUCAAGCAUGGGUGAAUUUAAAAAACGUCUUCAGCUUCUUUUUGCUUUCCUUGGUCAAGUCACUGCUGGUAGAUGCCUUGGAAUUGAAACCUAUUCAAGUCCUUGGCAGGAGAAAAAUUUGUAUAUCUUGUACAAUGUGUUUGGAUACUAUGUUCAACUUUUGCCAAGAAUCUUGGAGCACAUUGAAAUUAAUAGAAGGAAUAUUGAUAUGGAACUGAAAGAACUCCUGAAGCUAUGCCGAUGGGAACGACCUGAGGCUUGCCUAUCUGCUGAAAACUCAAAAAGGACCCGGCAGAAGCUCAGGAAGCUAAUUCAAAAAUACACCGAUGUGCUUCAACAACCAGCAAUGCUUUUUCUUAAUCAGGAUGCUGUAAGGAAAGGAUUAAAAAUUCAAUCUCUGGAAGGUCCUACGCCCCUCGAUGAUAUCUCGGAGACAAAUGUCAAGUUGUUGAGUGCUGUUCUGAAUCAGUUCAGUGACAAACACAGGCUCUUGUGGUAUUGUGGUUGGAGGGAAAAAGUAAAUGAUACUUUGCAGAAGUUACAUGUUGACAAGACUUCUAAAUCAUGCUUUCCUGGUGAAGAUGGUUUAUCAGUUUGCAACUUUUAUGAUAUUACAAGUAUUAUGCAGCAAUAUUUAACUUCUAAGUCUGCAUGCAUAUCACAACUGGAACAGUGGAAUCUGCUGUGUGAGAGACUUGAAAAAAUAAGUAGAACUACAAUCAAUUGUGAUAAUCUCUGGAAAGAUACUGAAAAAAAUAUAGGGAAGAAGAGGGCCUUUUCUGAACUUCUAAAGCUGCUGGAGAGCAGUGGGUUGCAUAAGCACAAGUUUGAAAUUAUGAAGGUAUCCAACAGUUUGAACUGGCUGUUUAUUCAGCCAUCGUACGAGAUGCAGCAUUUGCUACUGACGCAGAACAGACUGUCUUAUGGAGCUUCUACUGCCAGUGCAUUGCAAUGUCAGCCUGAUGAAGGUGUGGAUACUGAAUGGAAAGAAGUUAAUGAAUUUUACUUUAAAAGCACGGCAUCCGUGCAGCUUCUGCAAAGGAUUUGUCUGAAACCCCAUGAAGAUAUUACUUAUGAGCAGGCUAGUAGGUCUGUCUCGUUUCUGAACCAUCUCAUAGUUAUACAACAGAGCCAACGUGCUGCUACCUACAAUUUUUCUAAGAAUUUGAAGCACUUGCGGGAAUGUGCAUCUACCUUGGAAAAUUUGUACUCUAGGUGUUCUGUUAGUAACAAUAGAUCUGGAAGUGAGUGCUCUAUUUCGUCAAACCAAUAUGCAGUCUUUCAAUGUUUAUGGAAACAGAAGCGAAUUUUUGAUGGUCUAGUUGCUCUGCUAGUUGAGGAAGCAGUAUUGUUCAGAGCAGCGAAAAGUACCCAUUUUAAAUCAUGUGAAAGUAUCAAGCCUGCAAUAAAUCAUGUUCUUCAAUUCAUUGAAAAAUUUACUCCUCUCAUGCAGAAAACCAAGGAAUCACUGGAUGACUAUCUUGUUGGCCGUCUUGGAGUUGUGCAAACUCUUGUACAGGAAUCUUUAGAUAAAUGUCUUCUUCAUCGUGUUGGCGAUACAUCUAUUGGUCCCAUACGUCCAUUCACCAUUUCAAAGAAAAUGGAACAAUUAGUAUGGAAAAACUUUCAAGUUAUUAAGGACUUUGAGGAGCAUCUUAUUGAGUUCCGCAGGCAAAAUUUGAAUAGAAGCUCAGUAAUGGAGACCCUGCUUGGUCGUUUUGAUGAUGUAUUGGAAAAGGGCAAGUUGCUGGCUGAAGAGCUUGACUUUUCUUUAAAGGCAAAAUCAAGAAAUGACUCAACAUGCACAUUGGAUAAAUCCAUCUGCCAUGAAAGUUGUUCUGAUCUAGAUGCUUUAUUUGGUGGAUCCCUAAGAAAAACAUUUCAAAUUAUCGUUAAUGUGCUGACAAAGCAGUGUUCAACAAGUAAUGGAUAUGCUCCGUCCAAAGGGUCAUCAGAGAACAUCACCUCAUGGGAAUAUCUGUUCAAAUCAUCAAUAGAAGAUUUGAAUUUGGAGGAGUUAUAUGACAAUCUUCUCAAAAUAAUAAUUUGUGCAGAAAAAAUGAUGAAUUCUUCUGGCUGUGAAACUUCCCCUUCUUUCCCUGUUGGAGCUUGUUUUCAGCAUCUACAUGCAUUUUCAGCUGUAAUAUUGACUUUCGGUGAUAGUUUACUUCAAGAUCUUCUAGCCAUGCAUAAAAUGGUUUCUGUAAUGACUCAUGCUCUUGCGGAUGUUUUAGCUUCAUUGUUCUCCAAAGGUUUUGGCAGUGCUGCCAAAGAUGAGGAAGAUGACUCCAAUCAUAGUAAGUCUCAAGAUGCAACUGGAACUGGCAUGGGUGAAGGUUUGGGGCUUAAUGAUGUCAGUGAACAGAUAACUGAUGAAGAUCAACUACUCGGCACUUCUGAAAAGCCAAGUGAAGCACAAGAUGCCUCUGGCGAAGCUCCCAAUAAGAAUGACAAGGGAAUUGAGAUGGAGCAGGAUUUCACUGCUGACGCAUUCAGUGUAAGUGAGGACUCUGAGGAGGGGAAUGAUGAAGGUGAGGAUGAUGAGCAACUGGAGUCUGCAAUGGGGGAAACAGGAGCUGACAAUGAAGUGAUUGAUGAGAAACUUUGGGAUAAGGAGGAAGAUGAAAACCUUAAUAAUGCAAAUGAGAAGUAUGAAUCUGGGUCAUCAGUUAGGGACAGGGAUGCAAGCAGUAGGGAGCUUAGAGCGAAGGAGGAUUAUGCUGCUGAUGAUGAUGAUGAAAAACCUGGAGAGGUUAAUUCCGAGGAGAUCGAUAAACUCACUGAUGAGGUUGGAAACCAAGAAGAUCUUGAUGAUAAAGUAGACAGCAUGGAUGACGUACAUAUGGAUAAGUAUGAAUCACUUGCUGAUCCAACUGGAAUAGAUCUUGAUGACUUGAAAGAAAGGUCUGAAGAGGAUAUGGAUGUGGAUGAAGAGAUGAAUGGAGAAGAGCCUGAUUUCAAUGAAGAGAUAAGUCCAGAAGGCGAGUCUGCUGAGAAUGAGAACCAUGAUCAGUCCGCUGAGAAUGGGGGUGGCAAAGAAAAUGAAGAUCCUGUUGAUGAUGAAACUAAGGCGGAGGUGGAAACUGAACCUGUUGAAAGAAAUGAUCCUGGUGGGGAUGAUGAAGAGAACACUGACAUGAAUUCAAACUCAUCAAGGCAACAUUUGUUUGAACAGGGAAUUUAUGAUAAAUUCAAUGAUCAUGUUCCUAAUACAGCAUCUGCAUCACAACCAAAUGGUGACUCGCAGGUAUCAGAUUCAAGAAAUGUUGUACAAGAAACAAAAAUGUCUGAUACCAGAGAGGCUUAUAAUGACAUUGCUCCCCCAAAAAGUGUACCUUCUGGUCCUACCUCUGAGAUGGACAUGAUGGUCUAUGACUCAUCAAGUAAUGGAGGAUUAACUGAUGAUCAACAAAAAUCAGAACUCCCUCAGUCGGAAUCUUUAUCUUUUCAGGAAAACAAACCAAACCCUUAUAGGAAUGUUGGGGAUGCACUUGAUGAGUGGAAGCAAAGGGUCAAAGUGUCUGUUGAUCUUGAGGUAGACAACAAAGAGGCGCCUGGUGAGUUAGAGGACAAGAAUGCUGAUGAAUAUGGAUAUGUUCCUGAGUUUGAAAAGGGAACAGCUCAGACAUUAGGCCCUGCUACUUCUGAUCAGGUUGACACAAAUAUUGAUAGUAUUAAGACAGAUGAGGAUAAGCCUGCAGCAGCAAGUGAUGAUGCUGCCAAAAUGGACAUCGAUGAGCACAAUUCUGAAGAAGGGCAUCUCAAACAUUAUGGCUCAGUCCUCAAAAACAAUACAGAAGAGCAGAUGCAGAUCUCUAAUUCUGAGAAGCCAUAUAAUGGGGGAUCCCCAGAAAUUUAUGGACAUAAUGAUGUUCCAGAAUCCUUUACAGAGAGUUUAGUCUCUGUCAGAAAGUCUUACUUGAAUGAGGACAUGCAUUGUCUUAGCAAACUUUCUAUAGAUGACAAUGAGCUGGGAAAAGCCCAGGAUCUGGGAGAAAUAACCCUUGAUGGCAGAAGUAAUGCCACUGUUCUUUGGAGAAGAUACGAGUUGCUUACAACAAGGUUGUCACAGGAGUUGGCUGAACAAUUACGCCUAGUUUUGGAACCCACUCUUGCAAGCAAGCUUCAAGGGGAUUAUAAGACUGGAAAGCGAAUCAACAUGAAGAAGGUAAUCCCUUAUGUAGCAAGUCACUACCGGAAAGAUAAAAUAUGGCUCAGAAGAACCCGUCCAAACAAACGAGACUACCAAGUUGUUAUUGCUGUGGAUGACUCCCGAAGUAUGUCUGAGAGUUGUUGUGGAGAUUUUGCCAUUGAAUCUUUGGUGACAGUGUGUCGUUCCAUGUCUCAACUGGAAAUGGGAAAUUUGGCUGUUGCAAGCUUUGGAAAGAAGGGAAAUAUAAAGUUACUGCAUGAUUUUGAUCAGCCAUUUAAUGGGGAGGCUGGGGUAAAGAUAAUCUCCAGUUUGACAUUCAGGCAGGAGAAUACCAUUGCCGAUGAACCAGUUGUUGAUCUGUUGAAGUAUCUGACAAACAUGCUUGAUACUGCAGUUGCAAAAGCACGACUCCCUUCUGGACAAAACCCACUACAACAGCUUGUUUUGAUUAUUGCGGAUGGACGGUUCCAUGAAAAGGAGAAGUUGAAGCGCUGUGUCAGGGAUUUCUUGAGUAAGAAGCGAAUGGUUGCUUUUCUGCUUCUGGAUAGUCCGCAAGAGUCAAUUAUGGAUCAAAUGGAAGCAUCAUUUGUGGGUGAAGGUGAAAAAAGAGUACUUAAGUUCACUAAAUAUCUAGACUCUUUUCCCUUCCCAUAUUAUAUUGUAUUGAAGAACAUUGAGGCACUUCCAAGGACCCUUGCUGAUUUAUUGAGACAGUGGUUUGAGCUUAUGCAGUAUUCUAGAGAUUGAAUUGUUUUUUAUGGAAGAGCUUGUUGGGGCUAUCAAUUUUGCUACCUGCUGGUGCCUAGACUUCAGAGGAUGCACAUGCAGUAAAAUUCCUGGAAAAUGGAAAUUUUUGGGAACCAAAAUUUACAUGAGAAUUUGUAUUUAUUUUGGGAAGAAGAGGUGGGCUGCAUAUAUAUAUAUAUAUAUAUAUAUAUAUAUAUAUAUAUAUAUCAGUGCAUUGAGGUGUCAUGGGUCCAGCAUGCUGUAAAGUAAUUGUUUCAUUUAUGAGAAAUCUCAUCAUUUUUUUGUCUUGAGAA